AUGUCAAGCUUCAAAUCUAGGACGUUUAUUUUCAUCUGGUUAAUCACGUGUCUCCCUACGUACAUCGAUGCAUUGCAAAGGAAAAAGUUCUGUCAACAUGAAGGUUUUUGUGUUACUUUAAAUGAGAAUGAAAUAAGAGCAGAAGCUGGACUCUGUGCUCUGAUACCAUGCUCUUUCACAUCCCUCUUUGCACCCGAACACAUUAUUUGGUAUAAAUGUGGACCAACUGAGGCCAAAUGUGACAAUUCUGACCCUAUAUUUCACUCUGACAAGAACAAAGACAACAUUCAGCCUGGGUUCAAAGGUCGCAUGUCACUGCUGGACCUGAACAUGGCUGAGAAGAACUGCAGCAUGGUGAUCAAUGAUCUUAAGAAAUCUGAUUCUGGAUCAUAUCAGCUCCGAGUUGAGGGAAACAAUACAAGAGAAGCAUAUACAUAUCUUGCAAAAGCAAAUCUCUCAUUAGCAGAUCUGAACCAAAGGCCCUCUGUGAUGAUUCCUCCACUGACUGAAGGACAACAAGCCACUCUGACCUGCACUGCUCCUGGUCUCUGCUCUGGGUCUCCUCCUAAAAUCACCUGGAUGUGGAGAGGAAAAGGAGAGGAAGACUCUUAUAUCAUAGGAAACAUUACUGCUUUAAAAACGGAGAAUCUGAAUGCUUUCACAAACAGACACCUCUCAACUCUGACCUUUAAUGCAUCAGCUGAUCACCACAAGACCUUUAUAACCUGUAAAGUCACCUUCACAGACGACAUAACUACAGAGGGGACUGUGAGUCUGAAUGUGACAUAUGUAAGAAAACCUCAGAUUUUUGGCACAGCAACAGUUAAAGAGGGGGAUAUUCUGAAUCUGACCUGCAGUGUGGACAGUUUCCCUCCCUCAGUUAUCGGCUGGAGUAAAUCUACAAAACAAGCUGAACAUCAGAGUCACAAUCUAAUCAAAGUGCAUGGCCAUCAAGAAAUCUGUCAUCUGGAUACAAGUAGAAUUUUGUCGUUUUCCAUCACUAAUGUGACAGCCAAAGAUGCUGGACUUUACAUCUGCACAGCACAACACCUGAACUACACUCUCAGAGAAGAAAUUAAUGUAACAGUGGAAUAUGUUAGAAAACCUCAGAUCUCUGGCAGGACAACAGUCAUGGAGGGAGAAGAUCUGAAUCUGACCUGCAGUGUGGACAGCGUUCCUCCAUCAGUUGUUAAAUGGAGAAAAUCUGGAGAAAAAGCAUAUUGCCGGGACAAUAUUUUCAGCAAAGUAGAUAAAAGCACAGUAACCUACCUGCAGGCAAAAAGUGGACAUGUCUCUUUAUCCAUCAUGAAUAUAACAGUAGAAGAAGCAGGGCGUUACAUUUGUAAGGCAACAUAUCAGAAUGACAGCAUGGCAGAAGAAAUUCAUGUUAAAGUGAAUUGUAAGUAA